AUGUCGCAUGGUGCUUCGGGGAGUUGUUGGCCCAGGUUGUACACUGACGCAUCUAUCAUCCGAUCUCUGGCAUCUCUCAACAGUUCCUCCUCUCGUGCCGCUAUUGACAAACUAGACCGGGUGAUCAUAAUUGCAGGUGCUGCUGGUGAAGGUCGCCUCGACCUCGUACAUACUCUCAUCCGCCGAAUCCAAACUGAGUUCCUUUCGUACACUGUUGAUUUGACCAGAAGAUUUUCGAAGCCAGAGGUUAUUGCGUCUAAUGAUUCCUGCUCAUCGAUAUCUUCCCUUAAAACAUCCUUGCAUGUCAUUCCAGUUCUUAACUCUCCUCCGUCAUUCACGACGUUUCAUACAACCCACAAUCACCAUCCCUUUGUGUUACCUAAAUACGCCAACUCCUGGCCGGCUAUCAACGAACAUCCAUGGUCUUCUGCAACCUAUCUUCGUUUCGUCGCAGGACCUGCAAGAAUUGUUCCAGUUGAAGUAGGAGCCGACUAUAGGGCAGAUGACUGGACGCAGCAGUUCACAGACUGGGACAGAUUUCUAUCAACACUCGAACUGGAUGACAUUGAUCUCAGUGCAGAUCUAGCAUCUCCGUCUACAAUCAAACCGAAAAAAGUUCUGUAUCUUGCCCAACAUAAUCUUAUCAGGCAAUUCCCUGAUCUAAACCGAGAUAUCGUGAUUCCGGAUUAUGUGUAUACUUGUCCUCAACCUCCUUUGGACUAUCCCCAAUACAAGCCCCCGGGAAAUGAUGAACAGCUCGUAAUCAACACCUGGCUAGGUCCUCUCGGAACAAUCUCACCAGCCCAUACUGACCCUUAUUUUAAUCUUUAUGUUCAAAUUGUUGGACGAAAGACCAUCUGGCUUGCGCCGCCUUCUGUCAACAGAUUUAUGUACGCAUUUGACGGCGACGAGGUGUACGAAUCUCCGAAUCCUGCGUCAAAUAAGGAUAACCCAUCUAUGGGCAACACGUCCCGAGUAGAUGUAUUUACUACACUAAAAGACGAAGGGCGCUUUCCCGAUUUUUGGUCGAAUGUGGUUCCGCAGGCAAUUUCUACGAUACUAGAGCCCGGAGAUAUGUUAUUCAUCCCCCCUGGGUGGUGGCAUGCCAUGCGCUCUGAGGAAACGAGUUUCUCGGUGUCGAUGUGGUUCUAA